AUGUCCUUUCUGUUGUCUAUAAGAGAUGAGAUUGUUUUCUCAACAAGUGAUGGCUAUUUACAACGACUUCCUUGGAAAGGAAAAUCUAUGGAUCUCGCCCACAAAAUUAGCAUUUAUGACAUUUCAUUAUCGGCAGAUCUUCAACAUUCCCGAGCCACCCGGAUGAGUGAACGUGAUGAAUACAUUACACAGUUUGAUCACAGUCUCUUCUUGAGAGGUUAUAGUUUGGUGCUAUCAACAGGGAGAGCGGCCUUUGUUUUUUCAUUGGCUUCCCAGAAUGAUAACAAUCAUCGUGGUAUCUGGGCAAGAGAAUUGACAGAUGCUGUUUGUGUAGAUAUUAAUCACAGAUAUAGACUUCUUGCUUUUGGCUGUGCCAGGUUCCCCAAAGCUGGUAGUCAUUUGUAUCCUUCUCCUGUCCGUUCUAUGGAGUGGGGAAUUGAAGGUUACCAUUUGUGGAUUGUCUGUGAUUGCUUCUCAGAUGAUGAUAAUUCAUCUGCAGAAGAUGAAAAUUCUAAAGAAGGUGGAAUAUCAACUCAGUUGAUACAGAUGCAGUUUGUUAAAAGUACUUUGACAGUUAACCCUUGCAUGGAACGAGAUCUGGUUGUCUCAGGUGGUCUCACAUGGUGGAAAGAUUUUAUAUGCUUAGCUUGUUAUAAUCUCCUUACUCGGAGAGAUGAGAUUCGAUGUUACCCGAGAGCAAGUAAACUGGAUAAUAUGUUUGCCUGUGUCACCAAAGUGCCAUCCCAUGUCCUACUUCUUAAUACCUUCAGAGACAUUUUGAUAGUCUUCUGUACAGAUUGUCAUAUCAUUAUGUACAAACUGGAACGCAAGAACACAAACCCUUACCCCACCUUGACCAUGACCAAAGUACAAGAGAAUUCUUUACAGAACUUCGUUCCUCAUCCAUUAUUCGUCACUGGCAUAACUCUUACUUCCCUUAGAGCCGAAUCAGGUAAGAUAAUUUAA